AAUGCCUCCUUUCACUCUCGCCUUUGCCUUUGGUUUAAACUGGGCGAAGGAUUAGCCAAGCUGCGGACAGUACGCGAGGCUCCAUCUGAAUGUGUCUGCCCACCAGGCCCUCCAGGAAGGCGGGGAAAGCCUGGACGAAGAGGAGAACCUGGACCUGCUGGGCAGUCAGGACGAGAUGGCUACCCGGGGCCUCUUGGUUUGGACGGCAGGCCAGGAUCUCCAGGACCAAAAGGGGAAAAGGGUGAACAAGGGGACAUCGGCCCAAGGAUGGUUUUUCCUCGCCUCAAUCAUGGAUUUCUCUCUAAUGACCAGCAUGUCUUUAGCCGACGAAUCCUUAAGGGUGAUCAAGGUCAAGAUGGAGCAGCUGGCCCACCAGGUCCCCCAGGACCACCAGGUGCAAGAGGACCCCCUGGGGAUACAGGAAAAGAUGGCCCCAGGGGACCACAGGGCCUACCUGGCUUGAGAGGAGAGCAGGGGGAAGCUGGAGUGAUGGGCAUAAGGGGACCUUCGGGACUAAAGGGUGAGCCUGGUUUUCCAGGGAGAAAGGGUGAUGAUGGGACUCCAGGAGACCCAGGACUUCAAGGGCCUAAGGGAGAGCAAGGAAGCACAGGUCCCAAAGGAGAAAAGGGAAUAGAUGGAUUGCCAGGAUCAAAGGGUGAACCUGGUGAGAGAGGAGGAGAUGGACCCAUUGGACCAAGGGGUCCACCUGGCCUGAAGGGUGAACAGGGAGAUACUGUAAUAAUUGACUAUGAUGGCAGAAUCCUGGAUGCACUCAAGGCUGCAGGGAUACAUAAAGUGAUGGGCCCACCAGGUCCCCAAGGGCUACCAGGCCCUCCAGGAGCUCCAGGAUCAAAGGGGGAGCUUGGAUUGCCUGGUCCACCUGGAGUUGAUGGAGAGAAGGGCUCUAAAGGAGACCAAGGAAACCCUGGAAUAAUGGGACAGAAAGGAGAGCUAGGAGAAAUGGGCUUGUCUGGCCCACCGGGAGUUGAUGGGCCAAAAGGAGAGAAAGGAGAAACCGGAUCCUCGUGUUUGCAGAACAACCAUAUCAUACCAGAACCAGGACCCCCUGGAUUGCCAGGCCCUAUGGGUCCUCAAGGAAUCCCAGGUCCUAAGGGCUUGGAUGGUGCAAAGGGAGAAAAAGGUGACGGUGGUGAGAAAGGGGGAAUUGGUGACACUGGGCCACCUGGCCCUGCUGGUCCUCCAGGACUUAUUGGCUUACCAGGCACCAAAGGGGAGAAGGGCAAGCCAGGGGAGCCAGGAUUAGAUGGUUUCCCAGGUCUACGAGGAGAGAAAGGAGAUAAAAGCGAAAGGGGAGAGAAGGGAGAAAGAGGAAUACCUGGUAGAAAAGGAGCCAAGGGGCAAAAAGGAGAACCAGGCCCGCCAGGGUUGGAUCAGCCUUGUCCAGUGGGAGAUCGUAAUAUUAAAGGCGAUAAAGGGGAGCCAGGCUUACCAGGCCUGAAUGGGUUGAGCACACCCUGCUCUUUGGGACCAGAUGGACUGCCUGUACCGGGAUGUUGGCACAAGGAUGAAAAAGCAUGGCUGAAAGUAAAAAAGAAAAGAAGAAUGCAGCCCUAGAAAUGAAGGAAAGAAUCAUUUGUCAUCCGACCGAGUGAAAGGACUUUCAGCUUGCCCAACCCCAUUCGCUGCUACAGGCUCCUACCCUGAUGGAAAUAAUACAUUUUUGACUAACUAUAAUGAACUAGGCUAUCUGUGCAUGCUUCAACUACUAAUGACAAAACUCUGGAAGAAACAUACAUUUAAUCUUCUUGGUUAUGUGGCUAAAGAGUUUGAAGAGUCUUGCUGAGGAGUCCGUCUUUGUUACUGCAGAACCCAGAGAACCUGGGAAAUCUCAUCUGCCAAACAAACUUUUUUUUUAAUUGCUAUCUUAGGCUCAGUGAAUAGCAAGAACGCUGCUAAAGUCUUUUCUAAAGCAAGAGAUUAAUUAAAAGUGCCACAUGGGUGUUCCCAAAACUUGGAAGAACUUACAGUAUGAAAUAGUGUUCAAUUACCUCAGUUGGUGGGGCUUAUUUUCUGAACAUUGUAUAAUUUGAUCUACAUACUCCUCCUUCAUCAAUCCCCUUUCCCCCAUACCCCUCUCUCUCUGUGCUGUAAAUGAGUUUGAACUCAGGCUGAGUGUAUAUCACACAGUCGCUCAAAAAUACCAUGUGAACUGAGUGACAUUCUGAAUCCCAUUCUGAAAGUUGUCUUUGACCAGCUCCAUUCUGUUCUUGAAGAAAUGAGAACAUCCAGAAAGCUAAUGGUUGCUCUUUGUGGGAUGAGGAGAGGGCUUCACUGUAAAUGCCAAUGACAUUGAAAAGUGGUCAGACAAAACUUAGAUAUAUUGGUAAACAGGUUGACCCUAUUUCCUCCCUUAGGUAAAGCCUAAUUAACCAAAAUGUCAAGACCCAGGCAGUAGGUGCAGGAGCAAGAGUAGUAAGGUAGCAAGGCAGAUUGGUGAAACCUAAAAGAGUGAUUGCCCAUCCAUCAAAUACGCUGGUCCUGGAUGGGAGCAGCAGCUGCAUACCUAGCUGUACAGAGUCAAAUAGCUGGGGAAGGGAGGUAUUGACAUCUUGGAAGAAGCUGUAGAUUGGACUGAGAAGAGUUGACUCUGAAAGGAAAAGGAUGCACAGCAAAGCACUGCAAUCCUUUGAUCUCUGUGCACCUCCCAAUGCACUUCUUAGUAGCACAGUGGAACUAAAGGAUAAAGAAAGAGGCAUCAUCACAGUUUUGUGCCUAUGCUGCUUUUUGUGUUGAUACAAGCCUUGUGUUUAGGCCAUUAUUCCAUUGAGUCUACUGGGCACAUGCAAGCUUAUGUUGAUGUGAGAAUACAAAAAGAAUGAAAGCAGCAUGCUCAGUGCGAGAUGGUGCUCCAUAAAAGUCCCCAAACAGAUAGUAGAAAGUUUCAGAAUGAUGCCUAUGAAUUAGCAUCAAUGCGUCAGUGCAUUAUUUCUACUAGAUGUAUUUAGGAAAGCCUCCUAGACAACUGAGAGUGUUAAUGCCAGAAAUGGACAUACAGCUUAUCAUGGUAGGAGCUGUGGACUACAUAAACUUCACAGGAAUAUGCAGUUAACUUCAUUUCUUAUAUUUGUCAGCCACUCUGGUUUUGUAUUACUUGCCUUUGUAUAAAGACUAUAAAGGUGUACGCUGUAUUUUUUACUUUUCUCUAUAAUUAUACUGAUUAAAAUUCAGAUUAAUCGGUCAAGAAAAAGGGAUUAUAAUUUAACCAGCAAAUAAAAAUGCAUUUUAAUUA